AUGUUACAAUGUUGUGAAGUUGAUCGUCUCCUUAUAUUUGGAACUGGAAGCUUUAUAACAGAACAAAUCGAUGAAACAUCUGAACAAGAUUUGAUUGAACUAUUUGGUCAUCAACUGCAAUGGCCAUUUUUUACUCUUUCCUUUUCUACUCUAACGCUAAAAACACAAGGUAAAUUUCAUGUCUGCAAUAUUAUCGACAUAUUUGUAUUAACUGAUGAGGCGACAAUUCUAUCGAUAGUUAACAUUAAUAAUGCUGGUCCAUGGAGUUUAUCUGCAUCAUACUUGGAAUUGAUGAAUCGAAAUGGAUCAACCGUACAAUUCAGUACAUCAAUUAUCGGUGAUGUGAGUGAACGAUGUAGUUUCGGAGCUAAAUUCAUUCCAUAUUAUAAUAACAGUCAAGGCAAUGCCGUUGUUCUCAUGUGUUCAUCAUUUACUUUUCCUGGUGGUGAUACUGCCUUUUUUAGGCUGAAAAUUGAUCCUUUCACAUCGAAUAUCACUGCUAUUGGCAAUCCAUUAAUAUUUCAUUCCGAAAAUUCAUUUGCAAGAUUCUCAUCUCAACCAGUAACGCUGUAA